UACGCGGCAUCGGCGCGGACUUGUUUGUUAACUAGUCUUUCAAGUCAAGCCAAUGCUGCAAUGCAAUAUAAAACACAGCCAAAUUUUCCAACAAGAAGUUAAAUAAUAUUCCAUAGCCAACGCCAAGGCCUCUUUCUCUCUCUCCAAAAUGAACCCCUUCAAAAACCUGUCUAUCUUGUUCUUCUACUUCUUGGUCACUCUGUUCAUUGCCUUAGCCCACGCAGCCAGAUUUGAUAUAACAAACAAUUGCAACUUCACAAUUUGGGCAGCAGCUAGUCCAGGUGGUGGCAGGGAGAUUAACAAAGGUGGAACCUGGACCCUUGAAGUUGUUGGCCCUACCACAGGGGGUCGCAUUUGGGCCCGAACUAAUUGCAAUUUCUAUGGGUCCGGGAGGGGUACAUGCGCAACCGGGGACUGUGAUGGGCUUCUUCAAUGCCAAGACUACGGUACACCCCCAAACACUCUUGCUGAAUUCGCUUUAAACCAAUACCAAAACUUGGAUUACAUUGACAUCUCUCUUGUUGAUGGGUUUAAUGUUCCCAUGGAUUUUAGUCCAACGUCUAAUGGGUGCACCAGAGGAAUAAGAUGUACAGCUGAUAUCAAUGGGCAGUGCCCAGCUGAAUUGAAAUCUUCUAGCGAUUACUGUAACAACCCUUGUACUGUUUUCAGAAUGGAUGAAUAUUGUUGCUAUUCUGGGAGUUGUGGACCUACAAACUAUUCCAAAUUUUUCAAGAAUCUGUGCCCAGAUGCUUACAGUUAUCCUAAGGAUAAUGCAACAAGCACAAUUACUUGCAAUGGUGGGACUAACUAUAAGGUUGUGUUUUGCCCUUGAAGCAGCUCUUUCCACUGGUACAAGUAUAACAGGCACAACACUAGUAGCUAGUAUGCACGUAAUAAAAGCUUGAGGGCUUUUAAGCAUAUGCAGUACCAUACAUGUUGUAUUUUACGUAUUCACG